AUGGCCCAAGCAGAAUUCAACUUUAUGAGCCCUCAGCUCUCGUCACUUAGAAGAAGUCCAAAUUUGCCGGUCCAGGAUGAAGCGGGCCCCUCAAUUCCUGAACCGGCACCAAGAGAAGCCGAUCCAGAGCUAUUGGCCAAAUUCCGGGAAGCCGAGACGACAACAGAAGUAGAUAGGGUCAUCAUAGGCAUAGACUUUGGAACUACCUAUUCCUCGGUCUCUCAGACUGUAAUUCGUGCCUUGGAAGACAGCAAGUUGAUCGGCCGGGACAGGAUCAAGCCUAUACGGAACUUCCCAUACGACCCUGCCGUGGCGGAUAGAUCGGGAUCAGAGCGAUCAGCAGCUGUUCCGUCAGAGAUCAUCUACCCACACUCUGGAGCUACGGCCAUAUCUCCUACGCCUCUGAAUGCUUCAACUGAUGCUCGAAAUUCACCUAUUUCUGGUGGUCUACCAACGAGCCGAACGCGGCAAAGAGUCUUGGCGGUGGAUCGUUCUCUAUCUGCAGAAGACUGCUUCCGUCAAGACGAGGAGGCGACCAGCGAAUCUAGUGAAGACGAUGAACAGUCGAUUGAAACUCAUGAUGCGGAAGAGUUCCACCGUUACCACAACUUCAAUCUUUUGAGAUGCGGCUUUGAGGCUCAAUCAUGGCCACUUGGUACAGAUAUCAAGCUUUCUAGGGUGAAGUUGAUGUUGCAAAACGAUCCCCGCACAGCUGAAGUUCGCGAAUACCUAUCGCCUCUAAUUCAACGGCUCAUAGAUGACGAACUCAUCAGAGAUCAUAAAGAUCAUGUCGAUGUUAUAGCAGACUAUCUUACAUUCUUGCUCCGGCAUGUUAAGUCGGAACUCAUAGACUUGGGGCUCUAUCAGGGCUACAAGUAUGAAGUCGUGCUGUGCGUUCCAGCAAUAUGGGACCAAAAGGCCUGCCGGGAUAUGCAAAUUGCGCUAGCAAAGGCCUUCAAGCAAUCGAACUUCGACCAGGUCGAAAUCAUCCAGAACUCUGUGAAAGAUCUAUUCAUGGUAUCUGAACCUGAAGCGGCGGCCGCCUGGGUUCUUCACAGCAACUAUGAUAUUGUGCCGGAGGACAGGUUCAUCUUGCUCGAUGCCGGCGGCGGCACAGUGGAUACCAACACGUACAGAGUGAGUCAGAAGACACCACUUCGACUUGAAGCAGAGACUGCCCUCCCAGCCGGUCGACUAUGCGGAUCUAGCUACCUGAAUGAGAAAUUUUUCACGUACAUCCGUCGCGUGCUGGCAGGGGAGACCUAUCUUGAAAGGGAUGGUGUCACAUUGGAUGGCAUUGCUAAUACCAUCACUAUCAAUGAAUUCGAACAGUAUCAGAAAAGGACGUUUACAUACUAUGAGCACCAAAAGAUAUCCUUUUACUGUCCUGGUCUUCGGGAGAACAGAGCAAUGGGCUUUUGGCACAGCCGCAUCUGGGUGCCGGCUAAGGACAUGAAAGCUGUUUUCAAACCUGUUCUGAAAGAAGUGUUUUCGUUGGUCCAGGAUCAGAUAAAACAGUCUGAAUUACAAGGACAGAUACCAAACAAGAUUGUGCUUGUGGGAGGAUUCUCCCGCUCAGUGGCGUUGAGAAAGUACCUAACCAAGAACCUUGACGCCUCGUACAAGAAUCAAAUCAGGCUGAUCAUCCCACCCGAGUAUGACGCUUCUGCUGUGGCAUCUGGCGGCAUCCUUCGCGCACUGAACAAAGAGGGCGGACCUGGAAGGUUUGCUAGAUCGAGUUACGGCAUCCUGAGAGACGAACCUUACAGAUUACAUGAAGAACAUCUCAUCGCGGGAGUAGUGCGGCCCGGUCGGGACAGCCUAGAUGGGGCAUUGUGGGUUCGUGAUACUAUUUUCUGGGCCUUGAAACUUGGAAAUGAAGAGCCUCUAGGUCCUGUUUGGACUUCAGAACCGCUACCAUGUACACAAAGCUUCGAUUCUCGGAAAACAAAACGCCGCCGCCUCAUAGCAAUCGAUAGGCUGUAUGUAUCAGACACGGCAACUGAGUCUCAUUAUCAGCGUAACCACCAAAAGAACGAAGGCGCUAAACCGGUUGGCGAAAUCGUCACGGACUUUACUUUUCUCCGCGACAAUGGCCUGAUUCAACCCGUCAAAGGAAUCAUGACGGAUGAAGGCCAACGGUGGGGGCGAAAGCAUUACGAUGUCGACUAUCACCUGUACUUGCGACUGGUCGGUAGAGAUCUCAAAUGCUAUGCAGUGUACAACAACUCAAUUGUUCAGCAGUCGGUUAUAAAUAUUUCCUCUGCUUUUGCAGCGGGAGUGAAAUAG